AUGCUCUACCGCAAGCGCUUCUUUCCCUAUUACACCAACAACAUCUUGGCCGGCCUCGAUGCCGAAGGCAAGGGCUGUGUCUACAGCUAUGAUCCCGUCGGUUCAUAUGAGCGCGAGGUGUUCCGUGCUGCUGGCACUGCUUCGUCCCUUCUGCAGCCCCUCCUCGACAACCAGAUUGGUGGCAAAAACUUGGCCAACCAAGAUGGACCUCUGCCUUUGGACAAGGAACGCGCUGUGCGCUUGGUCAAGGACAUUUUCGUGGCCGCAGCAGAGCGUGACAUUUACACUGGUGAUGCCGUGCACAUCGCCAUCAUCACCAAGGAUGGUGUGACCCACGAGGAAAUGCCCCUCCGAAGGGAUUGA